AUGGUUGUUACGUUUCUUGUGGCAUCUAAAACCGAGUCAAACAAAAAUGCACAAAACGCUAUCCUAUAUGAAUGCGUUCAAACGAUAAUGAGCAUCGAAGAAAAUGGUGGUUUACGUGUCCUUGCAAUCAAUAUCUUGGGAAAAUUCUUGUCCAACCGAGAUAAUAACAUCAGGUUUUUAUCGACUCUUUGCUUUCUCAUAUACGUAGCAUUAAAUAUGCUGACGAGAGCCUUAACCGUUGAUUCCAAAGCGGUUCAGAGACACAGAGCUACAAUACUGGAGUGUGUUAAGGAUUCAGAUGCUUCAAUUCAGAGAAGGGCACUUGAACUUAUUUACCUUUUGGUGAAUGUGAAUAACGUGAAGCCACUAGCAAAGGAGCUAAUAGAAUAUUUGGAAGUAAGAGAACAAGAUUUUAAGGGUGUUCUUACUGCAAAGAUAUGUUCCAUUGAGAGAAGUAAGUUUGCUCCUGAGAAAAUCUGGUACAUUGAUCAAAUGCUAAAGGUUCUAUCUGAGGCUGGUAAUUAUGUGAAAGAUGAUGUAUGGCACGCGCUGAUUGUUGUUAUAACAAAUGCUCCUGAUCUUCAUGGGUACACUGUCAGGGCUUUGUACAGAGCAUUACAUACGAUGUUUGGGCAGGAAACCCUUAUGCGGGUUGCAAUAUGGUGCAUAUGACAAUAUGCUGAUCUCUUGGUUAACAAUAAUGGAAUGCUUGUACUAGAAGAACCAAUUACGGUAACAGAAUCAGAUGCAGUGGAUGUUGUCGAGACUGCUAUUAAGCAUCAUACAUCAGAUGUCACAACUAAGGCAAUGGCACUCAUUUCUUUGUUAAAGAUAAUAAAAGAUCUGUCUCGUUUCCCUUCUUGUUCAGAGAGGGUUAAAAGUAUUAUAGGACAGAACAAAGGUAGCUUUGUCUUGGAACUGCAACAAAGAUCUAUGGAGUUCAGUUCAGUUGUUAUCCAAAAGCAUCAGAACAUAAGAUCUUCUCUGGUUGAAAAAAUGCCGGUCCUUGAUGAGGCAACAUUUAGUGGAAGGAGAGCUGGUUCUUUACCAAUAGCUGUGUCAACUUCCGGAAAGUCUUCACUUAGUAUUCCGAACGGUGUUGUUAAAGCUGCAGCUCCUCUUAUAGAUUUACUCGACCUGAGUUCUGAUGAUGCUCCUGCCCCUACCUCCUCUAGUGCUAACUGUUGAAUCCGAGUUUGGUUAGAUCGAACAAAAGGAAACCAAACUCGAUUUGUAGAUUCUUCAAAAAUGUUUAUUGAUCAGUAUGAGAUAACAAACGUGAUUAUAAGGAGAUUAAGGAAAAUAAACAAGGCCAGAGCUUUGUUGAAAGCACCGACGAGAAUACAAAGAGGCUCGAUCGGUUGUAAAACCCUAAACCUUGCCGUCAAUGUUUUGGUGUCUAUUUGCGGAUCCCCUUUUUUCUCCCUCUCUGGUAUUUUUAUAGCUUCCAUGCCUUCGUCCUCAGAUUCGUUCGUCCUAAAGGCCCAAGCCUAAGACCGUGCUUGAUGGGCCUUCGAGCCAAACCGAGGUUUGUUGAGCCGAUGUUAAGCCGGUAAUUCAAUUGACCAUCAGGCUAAGCUGAUCGAAUGAAUCCUUGAGCCGGUUGAUCUACUAGCCGAGCUGAUCUUGACUAGGCCCUUGGUGUUAAUAGGCCGAAUCCUAUUAUUUGAUGGACCUUGUGGAGGAAUGUUAGAUUCUUUUCCAACAGUAAGCCCUCCCUAGUUCGCUCGUGAGGUUCCUCGCGAGUGGAGUAUCAAGGCUUAACUCUGAGAAUAAUGGGUUUGGGUCAACAUUAUUGCGCCUUGGCCGAUUGCAUGACGUUUGGCUCAGCAGAAAUCCGGGACUUCUGGAAAAGUUAAGAUUUCUCUUAUUUUACAAAUCGACGGUGUGAAUUUCAGUUUUCGCAGUUACAAAUAACUAGCACGGAAAGGUAUUGUUCCUCCCCCAUUCUUUUUUUUGCACAAAAACCUCGAUCAGUUGCAAAACUCCGAGUUUUUCCGCCAAAACAGCAAAAUCGAGUUUUCUGACUGAAAACCGCAAACCGAGUUUUUCCGUCAAAACCGCAAAAUGUGUUUUUCUGCCAAAACCGUAAAAAUAAAUUUUGUCUCACAGAAGCCAAAAACGAAUUUUCACGCCGAAACCGAAAAAUCAAGUUUUUCUGCCGAAACCGCAAAACCAAGUUUCCUGCCGAAACAAAAAAAAAUGAAUUUUCCCGCCAAAACCGCAAAACCAAGUUUUCUCGCCAAAACCGCAAAAUCGAAUUUUCCCGCCAAUGCUGAUAAAUAUUUCUUUUUAUGUGCUGAUAAGUCUUAAGUAAUUUUUUAAUUUGUAUGUAUGAUAAAUAAAAAAUUGUAUUAAAUAACUUUAUUUUUCCAUUUAAUUAGAUAUUUGAUUUCAAAUACAAUAUUUGUAUUAGUUUAAGUAUUCAUUUUGGUAUGUUGAGUUGCAUCUAUUUUUUUUUAAAUGGCGAUGAUUUUUAGUUUGGGUAAAAUUUUCUUAUUAGUAGGUAGUUCAGUUUAUCUUUUUAUAUUUGUAAAUAUGUUUUACAAAAAAUAUUUAGUUUUGUAUAUCUUGUUUAAAACAAAAAUAAAAAAUAUUAAAUUAUAUAUGUAUUAAUAAAUAUAAAUUAUAAUAUUUUAAACGUAAUGCAGAUAUAUAUAUAUAUAUAUAUAUAUAUAAUAGAUAAAUCAUUAAAACCGGUUAAUUUGAUCGUUCAUAUUUGAUUGGUUUUGUUAUUUAUCUUGGGUAUAUUGGGUUAUAACAAUUUUUAAAUGAAUCAUACUUUUUGGUUAUAAUUAGAGUAGAAAUAAUAAAAAUCUUGUUAAUCAGAUUUUGUUCAGGUUUUCCUUAGAUUCAUAAAUUUAUUUAUGUAUAAUUUGAUGUUAUUUUGAUAAGAUAGAGUAUAAGUCUAUAUUUUAAAUUUUAUUAUUAAAAAUGAUUUUUAUAAUUUCAAUAUAUUGAUGAAUUUUUAUAAAUAUUUACUUGUAUUAUUUUAUGUGCUAUUGUUAAAAAGGAAAUUUAAGUUAAAAUUGAAUUAAAUUUUAAUUAAAAAAAAGAAGUACAAUAAUUAUCACUAUGGUAUUUAGGAUAAAUUUAAAGUCGUUUACAUCUUAAAAUUUAUAAGUGUAUAUUUUACAAUUUUUCUUUUUUUCUUAUUUCUUUGCUUUUAUAAAAAUGAAAAUUUAAUUAAAAAAUAUUUAGAUUUUAUGUAGAAAAAAAGAAAUAAAAAUAGUUGUUAUUAAUAGUUGUUCAUUAAAGGUAUCUAUGUAAUCAACCAUCAUGAAAAUUAACGUGAGAACGACACGUAGAAAAGUUACUUCUCAAAUAAUAUUAUAGAGAUGUAAUUUGAUUUUAAUUUGUUUUUUUAGUGAAGAUGAAAAAGGGAAAAACUCUCUAGUUUUUUUUUUGAAAAAACUCUCUAGUUGUAUUUAUUAAUGAUCUGCUCGUUAUUCAUAUAUGGUAUAACAAUUUUCGUUGAUUCAUUGUUCCUACAUCCAAACAUGGUACCUAUCAGAACAUAUUCAUAAAUAAUCAAUUUGCAUGUUUAUUCAGUUUCAAAAAAAAAAAAAUUGCAUGUUUAUUUAACUCACGGGUAGCAGUAGUUCAAAUAUCCGUUUUUUUAAGAAUCACAGUAGUCGUUUUUCUCCUCACAUGGAAUUUUUUUUAUUUUGAUACAAUAAAAGUACUCCCCUCUCAGGGGUCCGAGGCAAAUACGAUGACUUAGCAUUAGAUUUUCAUUAUAAAAAUUAUUUAUAAUCAAAAUAUUAAAUAUAUUGUAAUAUAAUAUAAAAUACUAAAGAAAAAUAAAAUAAAAUAACAUUAAAAAUGAUUAUAGUAUUUAAAUGAUUUCACUUUUUAUUUUUUUUAUAAAGCAUUUUCUUUUUCUUUUUUAAGAUAUGUUCAAUAUCUUAAAAAUUAUAA